AUGACUCAAACAACCGGAGUCUAUUGCAACGGCUCUGUGCGACUCAGCGUUGAUCGCACAGGAAUUUUGAAGCUGGGAAUUACGGGAAGUCGUCUCCGAGUCGAUCAACACUUUUGGCUGGCCCUAGAUGAUGGACAAGUCGGUCGGUAUGGUGAUCCUCAGCAAGUAAAGAUCAACCUCAAGGGAAAACUCACGCCCGUUUGGGUCGAGCAGCGUGGUAAAGACCAUCUCGAAUCGGAAAUUUUGAACCAAAGCCAAAGUCGCAUGUGCCAGAAUGUUGAUGGCAAGAUGACGAGCCGGGCAUCUUCGCUGACCCAAGCCAAACGGCAGCCAGUAUUUGGCAUCGAGGUUGUGCAUAUUGCGAUCCGGAUUGAAGAGCGAGGGCGAAUCGUAGCUUGUGCUCGUGUGAUGAGCAGCAAGCGCUGA